AUGGAGAAAAAGAGGUCUAAGGAUGAGGUGAAUUCCUCAACUUCUAGUGAGGCUAGAAAUCUUGAUGGACCGGUUCCCUUUCCUGGUCGACUUGCGGAGAGAAAAUUGAAUGACAAAUUUGCAAUGUUCCUAAGUGUGAUGAAGAACUUGCACAUAAGCCUCCCUUUCAUUGAAGUUGUCACACAAAUGCCUUCAUACUCAAAGUUCUUGAAAGACAUUCUCACCAACAAGAGGAAGCUUAAUGAUGAGAUUAUCACUCUCCCCCAUCAAGUGAAUGCACUUUUUCAACAUAAGAUGCCCAAGAAGCAAAAGGAUCCUGGAAGCUUUACUUUGCCGGUAAAGAUUGGGAACAUGGAAGCUAAGGGUGCUUUAGCCGAUCUUGGAGAUGUUAGUUUGAUCCCUCUAUCCAUUGCUCAAAAACUUAAUAUUGAGAUGAUCCCCACAAGGAAAACCAUUCAAUUGGCCGACCGUUCGGUGAAGCUACCUUGUGGUGAGCUUGAAGAUGUCCCUAUUCAAGUUGGGCAUACCUAUGUGCCUUGUGAUUUUGUAGUGAUGGAUAUGGAGGAAGAUGUGGAUACUCCCUUGAUUUUGGGCUGUGAAGCUCUUAAGACCUUGGGGGCAGUAAUCAAUUGCAAGAACAUGAAAAGGGAGUAUCCACAUCUUCCUCCAUAUCUUCCUCCAUUUCCAAGAUAA